AACGUUCUUCUUUCCAUUCUACAUCGGUCACUGCCUCCCUGAUAUCUCAAACUUCCAAGCACUACCACUGCUUGUAUGGAGUGUUUCCCCAAAAUUAAUCUUCUUCUUACCUUCCUUUUAGCUCUCAAUUCACUUCUCUUUUAUGGAAUCGACGCAGAAGUGCAGCACCACGACUUCGUGGUGCAAGAGACGCCGGUGAAGAGGCUGUGCGCGGCUCAUAAUAUCAUCACCGUCAACGGGCAGUUUCCGGGGCCGACCAUAGAGGUCAAGAACGGCGACACGAUCAUUAUCAAUGUCGUCAAUCAAGCGAGAUACAAUGUCACACUUCACUGGCAUGGAGUGAGGCAGCUGAGGACGGCGUGGGCGGACGGGCCGGAGUUUGUGACGCAGUGCCCCAUCAAGCCAGGCGGCAGCUACAGGUACAGGUUCACGAUCCAGGGACAGGAAGGGACUCUGUGGUGGCAUGCGCACAGCUCCUGGCUCAGGGCCACUGUCUAUGGAGCUCUCAUCAUCCGUCCCAAGGAAAACACUUCCUACCCAUUCGCCAUGCCUAAGAGAGAGAUCCCUCUCAUACUCGGGGAGUGGUGGGACAGGAAUCCCAUUGACGUCGUCAGAGAAGCAACGCGCACCGGUGGCUCUCCCAACAUCUCCGAUGCCUUCACCAUCAACGGCCAGCCCGGUGAUCUCUAUAACUGCUCCCACAAAGAGACCACUGUGAUUCCGGUGAAGGCCGGCGAGACGAAUCUCCUCCGUUUCAUUAACGCUGCGCUCAACAACGAGCUCUUCGUCGCCAUCGCUAACCACAAGAUGACGGUGGUGGCCACCGACGCCUCGUACACCAAGCCCUUCACCACCUCCGUGCUCAUGCUCGCUCCGGGUCAAACCACCGACGUGCUCGUCACCAUGGACCAACCUCUCUCCCGCUACUACAUCGCGGCGCGCGCCUACGCCAGCGCCAAGAACGUAGCCUUUGACAACACCACCACCACCGCCAUCCUCGAAUACGACUGCGGUUGCGCCCAACCGGCUCCACCCCCACCGCCCAUCUUCCCCGCACUCCCGGCCUACAACGAUACCGCCGCCGUCUCAGCCUUCAACGCCGGGAUUAAGAGCCCCUCCUCCGUCGAGGUCCCAGGCCCCGUCGAUGAGAACCUUUUCUUCACCGUUGGUCUCGGCCUCUUUGACUGCCCCAAAGGAAAGACUUGCGACGGGCCCAACAACAGCCGCUUCGCCGCCAGCAUGAACAAUGUCUCGUUCGUUUUCCCAGGGGUCACCUCCCUACUUCAGGCCCACUACCAUCGGCUGCCCGGCGUCUUCACCACCGACUUCCCGGCGGUGCCACCCGUGGCCUUCGACUACACGGCGGAGAACGUGAGCAGUGGCCUGUCGCAGCCGGUGGAGGGGACGAAGGUGUACAAGCUGAAGUACGGCUCGGUAGUGCAGCUGGUCCUGCAGGGCACCAACAUCGUCACCGGCGAGAAUCACCCGAUCCACAUCCACGGCUACGACUUCUACAUUCUAGCGGAGGGGUUCGGGAACUUCAACCCGGCGAAGGACAACGCCAAGUUCAACUUGGUGGACCCGCCGAUGCGCAACACCGUGGGUGUGCCGGUGAACGGCUGGGCCGUGAUCCGCUUCGUGGCGAACAACCCCGGCAUCUGGCUCAUGCACUGCCACUUGGACGUGCACAUCACUUGGGGACUAGCCAUGGCCUUCCUGGUGGAAAAUGGAGAGGCGGAGCUGCAGUCCCUUGAAUCCCCGCCCCUUGAUCUGCCGGCUUGCUGACCAACUUCAUUCAUCAUUUUACAUAAUCGCUACAGAAAUUUUAAGAGUUUACAUCAUUCGAUUCGAUAAAAACAUCUAUGAUUUUGUUAAUGGUAAAUAAAAUUUGCUUCAAAUUAUUCA